AUGGCGCAAAGGGCAGCGCAGGAUGGGGUUAGGGGGAGACGCUCAUCCAUCACGCCGGGACGGGGAUCGGCGCGAGGGUCACGGGAGCGCCUCAUUAUCAGUGAUGUAAAACAGCUGACGGAUCACCUGCGCCGCCGUCACGGGAACGCCGACACGCGCUCUGGACGCUGUAUCGUGUCAGGAGAGAUAGUGUCUGGGCUUUCUCAUGAGGCUGAUGAAGGAAGGGGCCAGCCUGGUGCGGGGGGCGUGCACGGGUAG